AUGGAGCCUGCUGCUGUCGCCACUGAGCCAUCCCUGGCCCUGGCCCUAGUUCCUGCCCUAGCACAAGUCCCUCAGGCACUCCCUGGCUUGUCACACCCAUCGCCACUUCUCUCUUCUGGACAAGAAGUACCUGGGAGUGAUAGAGGAUCUUGUCUUUGGAGGCCUUGGCUGUGCUCCACAAAUGACCCCCCAAGGCAGAUGAGGAAGCUGGUGGAUUGGGCUGCUUGUGGGACAACAGCUGCUGAGGCCACCAAGGCUGAGUCUGAGUUCCAUCACCCUGUCAGGCUCUUCUGGCCUAAAUCCCGCUCCUAUGACUACCUGUAUAGUGCUGGGGAGAUUUUACUGAAUCACUUCCCUGUCCAGGCUACUAUCAACCUAUACGAGGACUCUGACAGUGAAGAGGAAGAGGAGGAUGAGGACGAAGAGGAAGAAGGAGAGGAGGAGAAGAAAGAGGAGGCCAAUGAAAAAAGGCCAGAAGGGUGUGUGAGGAUAUCAGGGUCAGCACCACACAGGGCCAUAGCUCACCUCCCUUCCCCUCCCAUGACCUGUCCAAACUGA